UCAAACAUCUUAAUGAAAAUAAAAUAGGUAAAAAAUAAAACAAGAAAAUAGAAAUAAAAGGAGGAUCAUGACGUUGGUAUGCUUAGUUCAUACUACCAUCUGAGCUCAGUUGAUUUCAUUUUUUAAUAUUCUUUGUAUUACUUUUCCCCGUUGGUAUGCAGAUAGGUUAUGUACCCAAAAAAAAAAAUGCAGAUAGGCCAAGAGGUUGACAUCCAUAGAGCUAUCCUUGAAGCAGGCACAAGCGUUGUAUAGAAACUAAUGAAUACGGUGUAUUUCUGAAUCCAUUGUGCGAAUUGUUAUCGUCAACUUCCGACUUCCCGAGAUGUCUGCGUUCGCUGCAUCAUCUUACGUUGUAAGAAUUAUAGUCAAAACACACUGCUAAGACUAUUCUCUCCUCAAACCCCAUAAGACCGUUGACUAAUUAGGAAGCCCAUGGCCAACCCCCUCCUUCCAACCUCCUUCUCCGCUUAGCUCCCAACUCUCUUCAUCUCUCUCUCUCUUUCCAUGGGUCGCAGAUUCCGAGGCAUCGUCGGAGCCGUGAAGGACACGGCCUCUCUAAGCAAAGCCAGCCUCCUGUCUUCCUCAUCCGACGCCCAGAUGGCGGUCCUCCGCGCCACCACCCACCAUUUGGAGCCCUCGGACCCCCGCCACCUCGCCGCCCUCCUCGCCUUCGGCCAUGGCUCCCGCGUCGCCGCCGCCGCCUGCAUCUCCGCCCUCGCCGCCCGCCUCCACUCCACCCGCGACCCCGCCGUCGCCAUCAAGUCACUUCUGGCCCUCCACCACCUCCUUGCCCGCGGCGCCUUCAUCCUUCGCGACCAGCUCCCCGCUGCCCUCCUCCGCCACCCUGCCUCCGGCCGCAACCCCCUCGCCCUCCCCGCCUCCGCCUUCCCCUCCGCCGACUUCCCCCUCGCCUCCUGGUCCCGCUGGCUCGCCCGCCUCCUCGAGCUGCUCCUCCUCGCCGCCGCCACCACCGCCACCUUCCCCCCCUCUCACCACCACCGCGUUGUCGACCCCGCCUCCUCCAACGACCGCCUGGCAUCCUUGUUGAACCGAGACCUCCUUAUCGAGCUCGACGCCCUCGUUGCCGUCGUCGAGGAGGUCGCCCGCGCUCCAGCUGCGUCGGCGGCGGCGGUGAAGGGGAAGAAGCUAAUAUCGGAAGCGGUGAGGGUAGCGGAGGAGUAUAUGGUCACCGCGGAGCCGGAGAUCCUGGUCCGGGUCAGGGAGCUGGGGGAGCGAAUCGGGUCCCUCGGGUUCGCCGACUCGGUCGAGCUGGUCUGCCUCCUGAGGCGGCUCGAGGAGUGCAAGGACCGGGCGGACCGGCCGUCGGAUGGGAGAUGGACGGAUGACGAUUGGUUUUGGGUGGAGGUCCGGGAGCUGAAGGAGCAGGCUGAGAAAGUUGUGGUGAGGAAGGAGGAGGAAGGGAGAUGGAGGGUGAGGAGAGAGAAAUUAGGGAGCUCGUCGGCUCGGCUCAUGGACCGGGUUGCUUCCGGACCGAUCGUGCCGGUCCGGUUCAGUUCGAGCAGGUGGGUAGACCGUUGAUGUCACAUGGGCUUUGAUGUAUUAUAUAGUAUUGGUGGAAUUAAUAAUGGAACGUGUCGUGAUAUAGAUAACAAGGGGGUUGGCUCCUCCCCAAAGUCAUUUAGUUUUUGUUUAGUUUUUUAGUUUUUAAGUUUUGGCCAACAACAGACGACAAACUUAUUAGAUUCGUGUCAGUUUGAUAAAGUUGGUGGUUGAGAUUGUCCUGUUGUACAACAAACUUUUACUAGUUUUCUUUACGACAAAAUGUGUGUGUCUUACACGACAUCUGUUACAAGUUAUUACUUGCAAGGCAGGUUUUAUACAGACUUGUUCUCUCUU